AUGCUGCGUAUCAGCCUUCUUCAAUUGCUUUUCGUUACCCUGAUCGCUCUGUCUGCGGUCUUCGCAGCAGACGUCAGGGGGACACACCGUGAGUCUCUCCAAGAAGCCCUCGCCGACAUCAAGGCAGCCUCGUUCCAUGAUGCUCUGCAUACUUUCUCUGCCAAAUUCCGUCAUGGUAUCUUUCCAACUGACCUUCAUGCCGCCGAAGCCCUGCAAAGCGAAGAGCCCGCCAUUGCAAGCCUAAUCAAGCUCGCCAAGCGUCAGAGCAAUGCCACAUCCAGCCCUGAGACAUCCCCGGCUCCGGUUCCUUCGGUGACUACUUCCAGCACCGAAUCAGCCACUGACCCGUCCACCACCUCAGCUUCUGAGACCAGUGAGACCAGCUCGGCUUCUACCGCUGAGCCUACUACCAGCGUGCAGCCAACCGAGCCCUCGACCAGCUCUACGAGCUCUGCUAGCUCUACCGGCUCCACCAGCUCUGCAUCGGUCCCCGAGACCUCUACGGCCACAACCCAGACCACUGCUCAGCCCACUUCCACUACUCAGUCGACCACGGCUACUACUUCCUCGACUACCCAGACCACUCACUCGUCAACCAGUGUGGCUUCGACUCUGUCAACUACCAAGAGCACUUCGUCCACUAAGUCUACCUCCAGCGACUCAACUACUGCUCAAACCACCGAGCACACCAGCUUGAGCACUUCCACCCUCAAGAGCACCACCACCAUGCCCGACGGCUCUCUGAGCACCAUCACCUCGAUCACGGUCAUCACCCCAGAGGCAACCGGCAAAGCCACGGGUACCGCCGCUGGCAAGCCUGGUCUGCAGACUAACGCCGCCGCGAUGCCUACUGGCAUGGCUCGCGAGGUUGUCGCCAUGUUUGGUGGUGCUGUCGUGGUCGCAAUGGCUCUGUAA